AUGGGGUUCGGUGAUUUUGAUUCGAUCUGCGAGAAGGCCCCGUUGCCACUAUGCUCCUUAGUGGGCCCGCCGUCGUCAAUAUCGGGUUCGACGGGCAUCAUACCGAACUGUUAUGCGCGCAACAUUGAGCUGGCCAAUACAAUCAUCUUCGAGGGUGCAUCAUGCUUCCUUCACAUUAUCGCGCUGGGGAUGACCGUUAUCAUGAUCUUACAUGUGCGGUCUAAAUUCACUGCUGUUGGUCGCAAGGAGAUUAUUACGUUUUUUUACCUCUACAUGGCUCUAACCAUAUGUUCCCUGAUCCUUGAUGCAGGAGUGGCUCCACCUGGGAGUGGUGCGUUUCUUUACUUUGCUGCUGUUCAAAAUGGGCUGGCCUCUGCACUCUGCACAUCCCUGCUCAUUAACGGAUUUGUGGGCUUCCAACUCUACGAAGAUGGAACUAUCCUCUCUGUUUGGCUUCUACGGCUUUCGUCCGCAGCAAUGUUCGUCAUUUCGUUCCUUGUUUCUCUCGCAACCUUCAAGGCAUGGGGAGGUCUUGGACCCACCAACACCGUCGGCAUGUUUGUCGUCCUGUAUGUUCUGAACGCCAUCUGCAUCGCGGUAUAUCUGAUCAUGUCACUCUUACUGGUCAUGAACACGCUUGAAGACCGCUGGCCCCUAGGCCACAUCGCUUUUGGUCUCGUGGUAUUCAUUUGUGGCCAGGUGCUCCUCUAUGCAUUCAGUGACACGAUCUGUGACAGUGUACAGCACUAUAUGGAUGGACUCUUCUUUGCGACAUUUUGUAACCUUUUGGCCGUCAUGAUGGUUUACAAGUUCUGGGAUUAUAUUACCCAAGAAGAUCUCGAAUUUUCCGUCGGGAUCAAGCCAAACACCUGGGAAGUCAAGGAGCUUCUACCCGAUGAGGAUCGUCGGCACACAGGGUACCCGGAUGCAAGUUCGGAGUAUGCCGGGAGCAUGUAUCAUCAUCGCUCGUCCACCUAUCACGGCCAGAAUUACUAG